AACUGGUUGACCUGCAUGCAUGCAUUUAUUUUAUUUCAUUUUUUCCCUUUUUUUCUAGGUGCUCGAAUCACACGGCGCCAUUCCCGACUCGCCAUGGACGCGGCCACUUCCAACCCCGACAUAUCAAGCCCGCACCCUCUCCGCCGUGGGAUCUCAGGCGGCGAUCCUCCGCGCACCCCGGGGACAGCAUCCUUCAUGGCGUUGCAUUUCUCCAGGCUAGAGGAAGAUCGGAUCACCCCUCACUUGGGCUCUUGCGCGAAUGAGCUACCUACGAUAGGUGGUGCGUUGGUCGGCUGUCCCACACCCCCUAUGGUUAUCCGCCCGCACUCCUGGAGUCAGCGACGGUUCUUUUGAGUUGGGGUAGGUUGCAUUUCAUCUUUGAGACUUGAUUCUACCCAGAAACCGGUCAUCGAGUGGAGUGGGAUGGGAUGAUCGGCGGGUUGAUGGUUAAAAAUCACGUUGGCGUGUAUAUAC